UCAGGCAAUAGGGCCGCCGACAUCGUAAUUUUUUGUUGUGCUUGAAAUAAACACUCAAGAAAUAACAACUCGUUGCAGAGGGAUGGCUCAGAAAAAAAAAAAAGUGAACACAGCCUCAAAUGAUGAGCUGAUGGUAAUGACUAUAACAGAGAUAGUGAAUGAUCUCAUCAAAGCUCAUCAUGAAAAGGAAGACGUCAAUCUGAACCGAUUGAAAUCCAAAAUAUCAAGCAAGUAUGGUCUCUUCUCCCAGCCAAGGCUAGUGGACAUCAUUGCUGCAGUACCACAGCAACACAAAAAGGUUUUACUUCCAAAGCUAAAAGCAAAGCCUGUGAGAACUGCUAGUGGAAUAGCUGUGGUAGCUGUCAUGUGCAAACCUCAUCGAUGUCCGCACAUUGCCAUGACAGGUAACAUUUGUGUCUACUGUCCUGGUGGUCCUGAUUCUGACUUCGAGUAUUCUACCCAGUCAUACACAGGAUAUGAGCCAACAUCAAUGAGGGCUAUACGAGCACGAUAUAACCCCUAUUUACAGACAAGACAUCGAGUGGAACAGCUGAAGCAACUGGGCCAUAGUGUUGAUAAAGUUGAAUUCAUAGUGAUGGGAGGAACAUUCAUGUGUUUGUCUGAAGAAUACCGGGACUGCUUCAUCAGAAAUCUUCAUGAUGCAUUAUCUGGACAUACUAGUUGUUGUAUUGAGGAGGCUGUCAAGUAUUCUGAGAAAAGCAAAACCAAGUGUAUAGGAAUCACAAUUGAGACACGUCCUGAUUACUGUUUGAAGAAGCACUUGAGUGAUAUGCUGAAGUAUGGCUGUACUAGGUUAGAGAUUGGCGUUCAGAGUGUCUAUGAGGAUGUUGCAAGGGAUACAAAUAGGGGUCACACUGUACGUGCUGUGAGUGAAUCCUUCCUCAUGUCGAAGGAUGCAGGGUUUAAGGUGGUCUCUCACAUGAUGCCUGAUCUUCCCAAUGUUGAUUUGGAGAGAGAUAUUGAACAGUUUGUUGAAUUCUUUGACAAUCCAGCUUUCAGACCUGAUGGACUUAAGGUCUACCCCACACUUGUUAUUAGAGGAACAGGUCUUUAUGAAUUAUGGAAAACUGGCCGAUAUAAGAGUUAUCCUCCAUGCACUUUGGUCGAUCUGGUGGCACGGAUACUGGCCUUGGUCCCCCCAUGGACUAGAGUCUACAGAGUACAGAGGGACAUCCCUAUGCCUCUUGUUACAUCUGGAGUAGAGCAUGGCAAUCUGCGAGAGCUGGCCUUGGCGAGAAUGAAAGAUCUUGGGACACAGUGUCGCGACGUACGGACUCGUGAAGUGGGCAUCCAAGAGAUUCACAAUAAAGUAAAGCCUUAUGAGGCAGAAUUGAUCCGGAGAGACUACUAUGCGAAUGGAAGCUGGGAGACUUUCUUAUCAUACGAAGACCCAGAGCAAGACAUUCUUAUAGGUCUGUUACGGCUGAGGAAGUGUAGCAGUGAGACAUUUCGGCCAGAGCUGAAGGAUCAAUGCUCUAUAGUUCGUGAACUUCAUGUCUAUGGGAGUGUAGUUCCAGUCAGUGCAAGGGACCCAACAAAGUUUCAGCAUCAGGGCUUUGGUAUGUUAUUGAUGGAAGAAGCUGAGCGUAUUGCAUUCGAUGAACAUGGAUCCAUAAAAAUGGCUGUGAUAUCGGGUGUUGGUACUAGGAAUUACUACAGGAAAAUAGGAUAUGAACUCGAAGGUCCUUAUAUGGUGAAGUCACUGGAGGAGAAGUAAUCUUGGACCUAAUGAGUUGGGACUGAAUGUAUGGAAGACACUGGCAAAAUAGUGCAUUACGUUUCUCUGCUUUUGAUGGUUUUGGCGGAAAUGACCCCUUAAAAAGGCCCUGUGUGGGCAUUUUAUAUCAGAAUUGCCCUGAUUAACAUUGGGAUGAGCGUUCUGUUUGUGUAUCUUGGGAAUAAUUCCUACCUGCUUAAGAAAUAAAAGGGAAAACAUUAUGCAGCUAUGCUUUCGGGAAUGAGAAAGUUUGCAUACAAAUUUUUCUCUGUAACAAAUAGCUCUUUCAAAUUUUGUAAUUGACAUUUAGAACUAUUGGCUAAGAUGUGCUUUUUGAUCCCCCUCUUGCCCGUCCUUUGAUAACAACUGCGAUUUAUCAAGGGCUAUGCCGUAUAGUAAGCUUGCGCCCGCUUUGUGCGAGGCACAGUGUUUGCGUACAUGUAUGUCAUAUAAACACUGAUAAGCCUUAAGGUUGUGGUUCACAUACAGCUAAUGCUUACUUCAAACCAUUUACAUGCAGAUUUAAUUCCCUUUGUUGUCAGAUAUACUCUUUUGAAACACUUAUUUCAAUGCAGUUUUUCGGCUUUUAUUGUCGUUCAGUGAGAGAUAGGCCCAUUGACAACAAGUGAGCACAUGUGACCACAGAAUAUCAGCUACAGGCAGUGGUGGGAAUGAAGUGAAUCACAAUAACCAAGCUUAUACACUUGACAUCGACCAGGGAACACUGGUAGAAGUGUUGUGCUAAAUAAAGUAUAGAAAGAGUAACUACAAUAAGUUACGUUCUCGAAAAAGCCCAAGUUAUAAUAUCAUAUUUAGUCAAAUUUGGGAGAGUCUAAAAUACACACACAGCAUAUAGAUAAAAUCUUGGUUGAAGGCUCUAUAAUUUAUUCAGGAAGUGACAUCAUGCAUUCAUGUAGUUAAGAAGUAUAAGGCCAGAUUGCAGCGCUGAGUAAUAAGUAACAUACAGGUACAUGGUGACCCAAGUCAAGUUCUGCAACAUUCUCCCACCCAUUGGACAUGGUGGCCAUCCAAUGUCCAAUGUAACAAAUAAGAGAAUACAAAUAUCUGAGAAUAGAAAGACAGAGCAGCAGAAAGCUCAUAUGUACUGUAUACCAAACUAGCACAAGAACAACUCACAAUGUUGAGGUUCAAGCAUGCAACAAAUCACAAACUGGCUUGCAACCUAAGAUGACCAGUUACAAACUGAGCAAAUACAGUCCACAACACUGGAACACCAGUACACAGUAAAGUACAGCGGUCCACUUUACAAUGGAACACAAAUAAUACUGACUCAUCAUUAGUCAGAACAAUAAUUCUCAGGUGAAAUUACAAACAUCAGAAACUUGACGAUUUAAAGCAGCCUUUACAGUCAAAGAAUUGUAUGACUUAUUAGACUAGACAUUGCAGUACACAAACGACUGACUGAAGAGACUAGACUUUACAUUUACAAGUGGAUCACAAACCUACAAUAUCUGGCUUAUAUCGUGGGGUGAAGUCUGAAGUCACUCCUUCGUAGUAAUAUUAUAUACACAUCAUGAAUCAGCUCUACUUCAUCCUCCGUUACUUCCAUGUGAUAUAUACAAGUUCUCGGGCUGCUGAGUCGGAAAGAGUUUGACGACAUGAAUUAAGGUUACGACACUCAAUCGAAUAUUUAUCUCACAUAUAGAUUCCCAUUCCAUCAGCUUACAAUCAAUUACAUCGCAUUUCUAGUUUGUUCGUUUUCCGAAUCAAUACUCGUCCUGGGUAUGCCCUGCAAAUACAACGGCCCACAAGACAUAAGAACAAUAAAUGUAAAAGUUAAUCAAAAUAGUUCGUUGACCGAAGUCAAUGGUUCCAUAGUAAGUUAGAAGUAGAUAAGUCUAAAAAUAGUAAUCAUUCAUGGUUCAGAGUAACUAAAAACGAGGCUGUACCAAAUAUGGAAAAUCCGGAAUCGAAGUUACUUUCAUAAAAUAACAAGUGGCACGCACUGCAGCCGGGAUGACUAACCAGUGACUUCACAUCAAUACUCCACUGUACGAAACCGACAGGGAUAAAGUAAUAGAAACUGGCCAAGUUUCCAAAGUAAGCACUGGUGCAAAGUAGUAAUAAUAAACCUGGUACAUGUUAAAAGAUAAGCGAUAGCUACUCCAAAAUUAACAGGUUGAAUCCUUCAAGUAACAUUAGUAUAAGGAACCAAAGACAUGUGUUGCGCGGUGCGCAAUGCCAUUUUACAGAA